AAAAAAAAAAACUCCAUUAAUAACCUAACCAAAAAACAAAAAAAAUAAAUCUUCACCCCCUUAUAUAUAUAAUCAUGUGGAGGUUAUUAGUAUCAAUAAGGCAAAAUUUACAAAAUAUGGGAAAAAGUCCAAGAGUAGCUGAUGAAAAUAUGACAAAUAUUUGUAGAGGUGAAAAUAAUAGAUCAACAAGGCAACAUAAUUGGACCGGGUUUUCGAUCAUUUGUGGCGUUUUUCGCGCUCCAUUAGCCUUAUUUUCGUGCUUAAAUCAUCCUCGACUCAAUGGAACGGAUGGAGUUUGGGUUUCUGGAGAAUUUUCACAAAUUUCUGAAAUGAAUCAUCUUAUGGUUAGUGAUAGUAUGCGUUAUGCAAUAUUGAUGUGAAGAAAAAAAAAAGAUUAUGGUAAGAAAUGAAAUGAAAUUUUUAGUUAUGAUGAGACUUUUUUUUUUUUUUUUUGGUUUGUGUUUUUGGGUAUUUUUUUAAAUAUAUAUUUUGAUGUACGUGAAGUUUUGGAUUUGUUAUUUUUCCUGAGGAAAUCUAGGGUUUGUAUAUGUGUUACUUCCUCGAUUUUAUUUUAUACGAUAAUGUUUGAUUUGAUAAAGAA